GGCGGCGGGCGAGCCCGGCGCUGUGUUUUGCAGGUCGGCGGCGGCGCUGCUGGACAGCUCCGGAGCGCGACGCGGCGCCCAUGUUCCGGAGACGGCGCAGAUGUGACGUGAUGCCCGUUGUUUUGGUGCGCCCCACCAAUCGGACGCGGCGGCUGGAUUCUACGGGAGCCGGGAUGGGCCCGUCGUGGCGGCAGCAGGACGCUCCCCUGCCGACCGUCACGCAUUGCGCAGGGUGCACCACCGCCCGGUCCUCCUGCGGCUUUAACGGCCCCGGCAUGGACCCGCCGCGCCACUUCCCGGCGGGCUUCGGCCCCGAGCAGCAGCACCAGCAGCACCAGCAGCACCAGCAGCAGCAGCAGCAGCAGCAGCAGCAGCAGCAGCAGCAGCAGCAGCGCCCGCCGGCGCCGCCGCCGCACUGCCAGCAGCACGGCCAGGACAAGCAGAGCCUCCUCCACCAGCAGCAGCAGCAGCAGCAGCAGCAGCAGCAGAGCCCGUGCCUCCAGUGCAACAACUGCGCCUACUACGGGGCUGGUGCGGCAGCCGCGGGGGAUAACCUGCCCCUGCUGCUCCGCGCCUCCUCGCCGCUUUCGGGCGCCUUUCGGACGCACUCCUCGCCGCUGUCUUCCGCCGCCUCCUCCCGGCACGGCAGCCAGCUGAACGUCAGCGAGUUCACCCCGUCCAGCCAUGCUGGCGCGUCCAGACAGCCUCACCAAUAUUCCCAGUACCACCAGUGCCAUAGCCUGCAGCAGCAGCAGGCAGCCAGCCCCAGCAGCAGUGUCAGCAGCAGCAGCACUCACCAUCAUCAUCACCAUCACCAUCACCACCACCAUCACCAGCAGCAGCAGCGCCGAGAGAGCAACCCCUUCACCGAAAUAGCCAUGAGCAGCUGCAGGUACAACGGCGGCGUCAUGCGGCCGCUCAGCAACCUGAGCUCGUCCCGCAGGAACCUGCACGAUCUGGACUCCGAGUCGCAGCCGCUCCAGGCGCCGCUCGCCAGCCCCGCCGCCGCCGGCUCUGCCCCCGCCGCCGGCAGCCCCGCCGCCCCGGAGAUCGUGGUCUCCAAGCCCGAACACAACAACUCCAACAACCUGGCGCUGUACAGCUCCGCCGGCCCCGGCCCCGGCACGGCAAGCUCCAACAACGGCGGGGGCAAGUCCAGCAAGAAGAAGAACCAGAACAUCGGCUACAAGCUGGGACACCGACGGGCUCUCUUCGAGAAGCGCAAGCGCCUCAGCGACUACGCGCUCAUCUUCGGCAUGUUCGGCAUCGUCGUCAUGGUCAUCGAGACCGAACUCUCCUGGGGCGCCUACACCAAGGAGUCUCUGUAUUCCCUCGCUCUGAAAUGCCUUAUUAGCCUCUCCACGAUUAUCCUGCUCGGGCUCAUCAUCGUGUACCACGCAAGAGAAAUCCAGUUGUUCAUGGUGGACAAUGGAGCAGAUGACUGGAGAAUAGCCAUGACUUAUGAGCGUAUUUUCUUUAUCUGCUUGGAAAUACUGGUGUGUGCUAUACAUCCCAUACCUGGGAAUUACACAUUCACAUGGACAGCCCGGCUCGCCUUUUCUUAUGCUCCAUCCACAACAACAGCUGAUGUGGAUAUUAUUUUAUCUAUACCAAUGUUCUUAAGACUUUAUCUUAUUGCCAGAGUUAUGCUUUUGCAUAGCAAACUUUUCACUGAUGCCUCAUCUAGAAGCAUUGGAGCAUUAAAUAAGAUAAACUUCAAUACCCGUUUUGUUAUGAAGACUCUAAUGACAAUAUGUCCAGGAACUGUACUGUUGGUUUUUAGUAUCUCAUUAUGGAUAAUUGCUGCAUGGACUGUCCGAGCUUGUGAAAGAUACCAUGAUCAACAGGAUGUUACUAGCAAUUUCCUUGGAGCAAUGUGGUUGAUUUCAAUAACUUUUCUAUCCAUUGGAUAUGGGGAUAUGGUACCAAAUACAUACUGUGGAAAGGGGGUCUGUUUACUUACUGGAAUCAUGGGUGCUGGGUGCACUGCACUGGUGGUAGCUGUGGUGGCAAGGAAGUUAGAACUUACCAAAGCUGAGAAACAUGUGCAUAAUUUCAUGAUGGACACCCAGCUAACUAAAAGAGUGAAAAAUGCAGCGGCCAAUGUACUCAGGGAAACAUGGUUAAUUUAUAAAAACACAAAGCUGGUUAAAAAAAUAGACCAUGCAAAAGUAAGGAAACAUCAACGCAAAUUCUUGCAAGCUAUUCAUCAAUUAAGAAGUGUAAAAAUGGAACAAAGGAAACUGAAUGAUCAAGCCAACACUUUGGUGGACCUGGCAAAGACUCAAAACAUCAUGUAUGACAUGAUUUCUGACUUAAAUGAAAGAAGUGAAGAUUUUGAGAAGAGAAUUGUUACUCUGGAAACUAAACUGGAAACUUUAAUUGGUAGCAUUCAAGCUCUUCCUGGACUGAUUAGCCAGACAAUCAGCCAGCAACAGAGGGAAUUCCUCGAGGCUCAGAUACAAAAUUACGAUAAGCAUGUUGCCUACAGUGCUGAACGAUCACGAUCUUUGUCAAGAAGAAGGAGAUCAUCCUCCACAGCACCACCAACUUCAUCAGAGAGUAGCUAGAAGAGAAUAAGUUAACCGCAAAAUAAAGACUUUUUGCCAUCAUAUGGUCAAUAUUUUAGCUUUUAUUGUAAAGCCCUAUGGUUCUAGCCAGAGUUAUCUGGGUUCUGAUGUCAGAAUCCUGGAAACCUGAACACAUUUUAGGCCAAAAUGAGUGAAAACUCUUCUUUUUUUCCCCCCUCCUCCUCUCAGAUGCACAGUGAAUGCACCUAGUAUUGCUAUAUUAGAUUGUUCUUCCUGUAAUUUCACUUUUUAUUCAUGCACUUCAAACAAGCUUUACUACUGCAAUACAUAAUCUAAUAUAAUAAUGUUAAUUUCUGCACAUAGUUACUUGAUUACUUUGACCUAUACAACCAAAAAAAAAAUCACAAUCAAAAGACCUAAUUAUGAACUUUAAGAAACUAAAUCAAAGCUUAAUAAUUAUUUCUAAGUAUGAAAGCUAACUGUCUAAACUUUGCUUACAGUGGAGGGGGAAAAAAACCAAUCUUAAUCUUAAACAGUGUGCUGUAAUAUGUAUAGUCAUUUUAAAAGGUCAUGAACAGCUUUGAUUUCUGAAGUGAUAAAUUAAAAAUAUAGUUUAUCCUAGAAAAUAAGUCUCAGAGUAAGCUAUGGGUUUUUAAAGUAUUGUUAGGGCUUUUAUUUAACAUGCAUUGGUACACACACACACACAUAGAUAAUAUAUAUAUACAUAUGUAUUUAUGUAUAUAAAAUUAUUUAUGCAAUGCCCAUAGCAAUGAUCUUUUAAACUGACUAUUCGUAAAGCUACUGGCAUGCAAAAAGCACAGGCAAAGUCCUGUUUACUUGUUCAGAGUCUCAUAAAAAUGCCAGGUACGUUUGUCCAGAUCAAAAACAUCACUUUCACCCAGAAGUCUCCUAAUAAUGCUAUUUGGGUUUUGAAAGUGUUAGGUUGCUGCUUUCUCCACUCCUUUCUUUGAGUUUCUGGAGUGAAUGACUGACACACAGACUUACAGUACACCUGGUUGUGUGAUGGCAGCACAGUGUUCUGUAUACAUUAUGUUUGGGCAACCCCUAUGGUUCCUGCUAUGCAGUCAAGCUUAGCAAAACACUUCUAGCAAUAUUUCCAAAAUCUCCUGUAAAAAGCCAGCUGUAGACUGGAGUUACAACAGUAGGGUAUCUAUAGUACUUUAUUUUCAUGCAUAAAAAGAAGGUCUCCUACUUUUUUAAGGAAAAAAAAAAAAAAAACCCACAAAUCACAAAGCAUAGUCACCAGUAGGCACUGGUGAAAAGGUUUUGACUGGCAUUUCUCCUGGUUUAUGUUCCAGAAUAGCAAAACUAGGUAAGUUUAAAUGCUUAGUACAUGCAACUUGCAUUAACAAUUCCUAGUUAUAAACAGGAAAUUAGUUGACUUUAUGAGAUAUCUUUUAGUACUUGCUAUUUAUGAAAUGUGCCAGUCCAGUCUGCCCCUCCCCCAGUUUACAGCCAAGGGUGAUAUCUGUAGCUAAGAAAGUAGACAUGGCUGACUUUCUGUCUGCCUAGAGGUAACCAACUUGUUACCUCUUGUUGAAGGAAUUGAGGAAAUGCACAUUGCUCCAUGAAACACUGUGACUUCUGGUCAGCAAGGACAGGCAGGAAAGAGUAAUGCAGGAAGUCAGGGCAGAGCCCUUCUGGGAAAGACAGAAGAGCUUUCCAGCAACCAGAAUUCCCCUAACCAAAUACAUAAUCUGAAAUCAAACAGCAGACACUUUAGGCCUAUUCAAAUUAGAGGAUCUUCCUUUUCUGGUGUUACGAAUGUAUAAAUGAUGAAUGUACAAGUGACAUCCAGAGGUCUUGCAUGCUUAUUAAAAGGUCAAGAAUUUCUCCAACUUUUUAUGUCCUUGAGAAAGAUGAUGACUUCAGUAUUUUUCCCCCUAGAGCAAGACAGUUGCAUGCCUUUGGCGUGCCUUAUUUACAGACUGUGGUAUUUUGUGACUGGAAAUAACAAACAGUAUGCAUAUUUGCAGUUCUGCUUUUAUUUUAUGGAGAUCAUUUUCAAAGGAAAAUAUGAAUAUUAUACAGUCCUAAUACUUUUCUAGUGCAGUCCUUAACUAGGUGAGAUUGUGAGUGGUCAUAAGGCCAGUAGUAAUUAAUAAUAUUGGAAUUUAAUAGUCAAGUUUUAGAAAUCUUUUUUCUCCUUUUUUGCAUUUAGUUUAGAGUACUUUUCUUGACAUUGAAUGUGAAAUACACUUUCUGUAGCUUGAAUACAUUCCUUUUUCUCCUGUCAGCUUGAACUAGCUCUUUCAUUGUUUACAUCUUUUUAAUAUAACACCCAUUUUUUGCAUAACAGGGUUUUUAAAGAACUGUAGCUCCACUUUGAAAAUUUUUGUCAAUCUGUCAAUUUUAAUUAAGAUCCAGCUGCAAGUAUUGAGCUGGCUAUUUCUGUUGUGAAAGAGCAGCUGUCAAUCUUUGACCUCUCUAUUUCUUUUACUCACUAGGACUCAGAAGUCUGAACCUAAUAUUAUUGCCACAGCUUUAUGCAAUGGUGAGAUUCAUCAGAAUUAUUUCCAUCAGUAGCAUUCUGUAACAACCUGCCAAAUAAUUUUGGAUUCCUUUCUUCUUUUUAAAGCAAAAAACAAAUUAUGUCACCAUGUUAUACUCCAGUUCUACAUCUUAAUUUACCUUCAAGAUCACUACAGAUAUUUUAUCUGCAUUUUCAGCACAUAUGAUUUUUUCUUGUAAUAUCUGAUUUCAGCACUAAGGUGCUGCAUGGGGAUACAAUACAUGAAAGGACUGAUAUAAACUUUUAUUCAGGAGAGCACAAAGCACUCUUGGUUUGAUUUUCUUACUCUUGACACUAAACUCCUUUUAGUCUUCCCUUGUCUGACUUUUGUAGUACCACAAACUCCAUUACUGAAUUUUUAGUUCUAAAAGUUUAGCUCUAUCAUUGUCAACAUAUAUAAUCACUGAAAACAUAUCAUUAUGACAAAUCGUGGAAACUGUAUAUUUAAAUGUAGACUUUUCUUGUAAAGAUUGUUUACAAAUGGCGAGUCUUUCUCAAAGCAUAUGGCAUAUUUACCAUAUUGUAAAGCUUCAUGCACCUCUUGCCUUAGUUUCACCAGUAGGAAAAUUCUGCUUUCAGUUGCUAUUAAACUCCUUUCACUACAUUCCAGACACUGAUUCCAUUUAUAAGUUUCUUGGGAGUCUUGUUGCUAGUCUGCUUUUGUAAAGACACCAAGCAAAGAUAACUUGCUUGGGAGGACUGAAAUGUAAGAUCACAAGUAGACCUGUUCACUAUGCUUAAAAUUAAAUGCAUUGAUUUAAAUAGUACUUUUUACUUGCAUUUAUGUUUUUUGCAGAAUCAGAAUAAUACAUUAAUAUGUUUUAUGCUUGCAAGUGCUCUGCAAUUUUUGAUUCUGUAAAUCAUUAUGUAUUUUAAGCCUGCAGAUCUUUCCAGAUAGACUUGUACAACUCAGCUUUUCUUUACCUCCUGUUGCUCCAUAAGGAUGUAUCUAAUAUGGAAAGAGAUUUACUAUCUAGAAGUUUGGCAUCCAGCUUAGGAGCUCUAAAUGCCUUCUGGAGGUUCAUACCUUGUGAACUAUUUCAAAACUAUAGCUACCCAGACUGAAUUGGAAUCACUGUCAUCAUUAGAGCAAACAUAAGUGAUACGUAUACUGUUUUACAAAUUGUAAGACUCUUUCCAUGUCAGAUCAUAUGUAAACAUUCAAGCUGAUAUGCCACACAUUAAGAGCAUAUCUAAGCAUAAAAAAAUAAAAGGUGUUCAAUGUGUCUAAAAUUCAGAAUAAAAUCUGUAACCCUUAUCAAUACUAAAAAUUUAAAUUGUUUGUAAACUCUUUUCCCCUAACACUUAUGAAAAAUUCUCUACUAAGCUUUAUCCACAGAAGGUUUUCUGAUUAAUGUGUGUUCUCCCCAUCUGUCAAACUGUUUGUUCGUAUCCAUUCUAUUUUUUACAUCAAAGUCCUUAAAGGCUUUUUAUCAUUUUAUUAAUAAUUAUUAAGGGGUGACAAAAUAAUUAUAAAAUAAUAAAUAUAAAAUAAUAGAGGGGAAGGUAGGAAGGAGCUAACACUUAUGUAUGUCAUUUUCAGAAUUCCACCACUGCAUCAGCAUAUCUAAAUGCUCAGGUAGAAAAACACAAAAAUUUUAGCCAGCACUCCUGGCUACCCAGGUCCAAUCCAGCCCUAGCCUGGGAAGAGCACUGCCAUAUCUGAAAAGUUCUGAGCUUACACACACUCAAAGCAACUAUUCUUGUGUGUGGAAAUUAAUGACCACAGAACCUUAUAUGUGCAUAAUAAAAUUAACCUACAGGUGUCAGUUAGGACUUACAAAUGUGGUCCUAUAUCUGUUGGCACAAAUUCAGCAAAAACUAAGCUAUAAUGUAUAUUAGCCUUUUUAUUCUGAGCAUUUUAAGGGGUACCUGUAAGAUCUUACCUCUCUCUCUGACUUAGAGAAUAAAGAAAAAGAGACACUUAGAAGAUGCUUUGCAGUCAGGAGUGAAUAGGGUUAACUCUGACUUGCCUGCAUCCUCAUUGCACAGCAGUUCUGGCCCAAAAACCACAGGGUUUUAUUCGCUCCAGAAAGAGCAGGUUUCUCUCACUAUAGAGGGAAUUAUCACAGCACUGAGCAAGUAAAUCCCAUCUCUCAAGAGCAGCUCGGUGUGAAAGAUGACCAUAAUAAAUACGAAAGGACGAUUGUGAUAAUUUAUGCAACUCUACUCAAGACUUACAGCUUAGCACAGCAUCAAGUCCAAUGCAGACACUUGAUUCCCUGCCAAGAAUUGCAGCUGGACAGUACAGCACAUGGCUGGAGCAGGUGGCAGCAUGGUCUGGACUAGGGUAUGUAGACAUCCUAAAAUGGAGGCAGUUACCAGAAUUAGCAUCACCAUACUGCCAUGUAUUAGAUUUUGUUACAGUGAUAUAGUUGAAGAUCUAUUAGAUAAAUAAAUUUCAGACCUUUAUGUGAAGAAGAUUCCUUUGCAGAGGAUUGCGAAACUUUUCUGCACAUUGAAGGAUAUGCAACACAGUGUCAGUGAAAGGAAAAACAGGAAAAACAUUAGCCACAGUCUUGAUCCUGUUGCGAACUAGCAUGGCAAGUAACAAAAUUAGAUGGAGAACUGAAGCUUUGUGCUGACUUCCCUUUCAUUUAGAUUCACUUAAAUCCAUUAGUGUCUUCAAAUAUUUAGGAGAACCUAUACUGUUUUCAAUUAUACAUGAAGUGAGCCACAAGCUUUUAGUUAGAUUAAAAGGUUUUACUUUAAGACUAUUCCUAUUCUGACCUACUGUUCCCUUUCUAACCUGAAUUUCAAAGUACCUGAGUCCAAAAAGGACAUGCAUAUUUUCCUAUGUGGAUUACAGCAAAGUAGGUCUCUGAACAAAAAAGCAUUUUCAGUCCAGAUAAAUGACCAACCAUCAUAUAGCACCAGGAAUAAUAAUAGAAUUAAAAUGUUUGAUUCAGAGCUUAGAAAAGGUUUAAGUGAAGCCUCAUUCCAUAUAUGAAUUUCAUGAGGAUCAAUGAAAUAUGAGAGACUGUGCAAUUAUAUUUCCUGACAAUGAAUUAUAGGGGUACACUGUAAGUGUUCAAUACCAGCUUAUAGCCUUAUAUGGAGAGGGUCUCCAAAUGUGAGUAAUAUGAAGACUGAUCGUUACACAAAAAUAAAGCAGGAAUUUUUUUUUUUAACAAAGAACUCCAAACUCUAAUAGAAAUGUGUAGAUCUGAAAGACAUUGUGCUAGACUAUUCUCUUACAAGGCCUCUAGCCUCCAUCAGCUAAUAUAAAUUGCAAGACAUGAGGUUUCAAGUGGUUUUGAGCAAAAUUUUAAAAAAAAUAUGUAUCUCAGGAAUAGUUUGGAACUUACAAAACAUCACUGUGUUUGUGCUCAGUACCACAAAUCUUCACAAAAUGAAAUGUGCCAGAUCAAUUUUCCUGAUGGAGGAGUUAGAAUGAUAAUCACAUGAGCAUAUAUGCAUGUAGGAGAACAAGAAAUCUUUCUUGGAACCACUGUUUAAUUUAACCUGCAGUUUCAAAUAGUAUGGCACCCUAGGUAGAAUAAUAGUAACGAUUAGAGCUCCAGUUUGUUUGGGUUUUUUUUAUCCUAACACUUAGCACAAAUGAAUGCAUUUUGGAUAAGAGGCCUCUGAAGGGUGCAUGCCACUCCCUCUGUUGUUGCAGCACACUCUCAAACCUUUUGUUCUGUUUAUUCCUCCAGCAACUGCUGAGCACUGAGAAUUGUUGUUGCCUCUGUCAGUAUCCCUGGUACAAAGUUGCCCAGGCUGAUGUGAAAGGAGGUGGCCCUGGGGCACCUGAGAGGCCACUGGCCCAGUGCCUGUCACUGGAGAGAGCAGAUAGCAACACCCAGCCUGAAGGUGGCCAUGGCCCCUCAAUGGGGCAGCAGAGUAUAACCUCUGUUCUUCCCCCCACACCACUGUAUCACUACAUUCUUCUGUUUCUUAAAUGGUCUAAUAGACUUAAAAAUGCUUUUCUUACCACAUCUGAAAUGUGAUGUCACUCAUUGUGACAGGCUAUGCUACUACUGUGAAGAAACCACAGGGUCUGCUUCUCCACUGUGGGCAAGGACAAUGCUGUGCCACUCAGCAGGAUUCUGUAUGACAAUGAACUGAUUUCAAGAUAGAAACCAACAACACUCCACCAGCAUCAGUUAUCAGGAUUCAAGGGGCAUAAACAUUAGAAAAGUGUUCUGGUUUGGCAAUGAGAUUUGGAAUCUUGGCUUCUCCAUAGUUAAAAUUAAAUCUACUUUUAAAAAAAUAGGGACAAAAUAGCAAAAGAAGAGAUGUCAAUUAGUCCAGUCUGUGUUGGCUGGAGUUCAGUCUCACUUGUGCUGCAUGGUUAUGAGACAAAAGUCUUGUAGAUUGACUCCUAACCAUGCAAGUUCAGAAAACAGUCCCAAGGCUGAAAUGUGCUAUCAAACCACCUAGUUUUGCUGCCUUUCUUUGAAACAGAGUUUUCAGUCACUGUGGCUAAUAAUGGUGGAUCAAACACAUCACAAUUCCAGUAGUUUCAACAUGCUUGAAAGCACUUCUUUCUGCAGAGCUCAGUACCCUUGCAUUGACCUGAGGCUGCUCAGCUGGCACUGCUGCCCAGCCAGUUCUGCAGACCUGACAGAAAAUAUCUCUGCCUGUUGAAUUCACAUGGUCAGUUGUACUGUAACUCCUUCCACUGAGCUCAGGACAUCACCCCCAGUCAGGUAUGCAUAGAAGAAGCUCCUUGAUGAUUUCCCAAGCUACUUUGGAAAAUAAUGGAAGAACAGCUGCAAGAGUUUCUUUCCGUUCAGACUUUUUAGUUGCAAUCUACACACAGAGGAAGAUGUUCAGUUAUCAAUAGCACAGUGGCAGGAAUUUGGGUCAUAUUUUUUUCAGUUUUCAGGUUCAUAAAAUGAAAACAAAAAUUGAACAUAAGAAAUAUAUUGCUUUUCCAGAGCUUAUAUAUUCAGGGUUAUACUUCCUGCCUUUCUACCCUGUUUUAUCUAGCCUUUAAAAUGCAUUUAUUAAUUCAGUUGUACUUAUGUUCAGUUUGAAGCAAUUACUGUAAUAGAGCAGCAUGAAUCUAUAUGCAUUUCCAGAAUUACAGAUACUCUUCAGUUGAAGGGAAACAGAAGAGAGAUGGGCAAAAAAGCAGGUAGGAUUUUCAAAUAAUUUUUGCAAUGAAUUCCAGAGAGGCAAAAAUAGGACAGAGAGGGUGUGAUCCUCAGCCCCUCUAAUAGUGGUCUAUGGAUAGAUCUUGGUUGUCCCUUGAAGACUAUGCCCACAUCUGCUGUGGAGAGGAAAUAGGCCAUAUUUGCAGACAGUGCAAGAGUCUGGUGUCGUGUAGCAGCAUAAAGGCAUCUCUUUGCUGCCAACAUUUUGCUCAUGAACCUCUACUUCUCCAUCAGCUUUCUGCUCAGAGAUCUGCAGCUGUAGUAUACAUGAUUCAUAAUGGACUACAAAAAAAAAAAAAAAAUCAUUGGAGAAAAUAUUUCUUAUGUGUGUAUGAAAUGGCCAGAGACUCAUGGUGGUAUUUGAAUGCACAAUUCAGGGUAUGAAGUUCUGCUCUCUGUGACUCAUGCGAUUUGCUCUGCAAGGAGCUACACAGUAGCACACCUCACACUUCUCAAGUUUCACAGUUUCUUGAACAGUUCUGGCUCAGCUCAGCUGAGUGCAUGAGAAAUGCAAAAGGCUGAGCAACACGGCUGGGUACAAAGCAGCUGCACAAAUGUGCCCAGAAAAGAGUGUGGUGAUUUGAUUUUGUGAAUGAAGAAACAUUUUCCCACAACUCUGUUUAAUUCACUUAAAGAGAGCCAGAAGCUUCCCUGCAUGUGUGUUAUUCUUCCAAAUAACUUCCAAGAUGACUGUCAGAAAAUCAUGAUAGAAAUAAAUUUUUAUUUGGUAAGCCCUGGCAUUUCUGCUAGAUAAGUCUCAUAUGGAAUGGAAGUCUCUGAGAACAAUGAAGUUAUUUAUCCAAAGUAAUUUGUAGGAAAUACCACUCUUUUCACUGAGAUUUGAUUUCUAAACCAUCAGGCAUGGAUGUACAUCACCCACACCUGUAAAUAGAUAUUUCCUUUUAUUUUCAGGCAGGUGAGGGGGGAGGUACAUUUGAAUUAACGCCAAAGCAGGGUAGCAAUGACAUUUGUAGGAAAAAGAUACUUUUUGUUUCUGGAAGGUUUAGCUGCCUAAUUUUCUCUGUGUCCUCAAAGGACUGAAGUAUAAAGACACUUGGAGCAAGCACCAGUAAGCAGAUUUCUUCUCCUCCUUUCCAGGUACAUGCAAUAAUAGCUCCCCAUUCAUCAACUUCAUUCUUUCAGUGACAGGAUGCUCUCCUUGAGAAAGCAGGAAAACUGGGCUCAGAUCCUUGUUGGAAGUAGUAAGCAGGUACUUUCCUACAGCCUCUUUCUUGUCUUAUUGUCUGGGAAGGACCCCGGGCAGCUUGGUGCUUAGCUUCUUCCUCUGUGAGGCAGAGACAGUCUGAACUUCUGCUAUCGGGCAACACUGUGCAAGUGUAACAUAGCCAAGAAAACAUGAAGCUGUUUCUGGUGGGGUUUGAAAGCAAACCAGACAGAGAGCAGGUCAAUGAUGCAAGUGCCAGACAGUGUUUGAGAACUAAUGCUGUUGUUAAAUACCUCUUGUGAAGUUAGUCCUUGGCUCAUCCUGUCCCUAGUCUGGUUUAGUGGGAAAGAAAGAGGUGUUAAAAAAAUAGCCUACAGCACUUUUAAAAGAAGAAAGAAAAAAUAAUUACUUUAAAAGUUCUUCUAGAACAGAAAGAAUGAACAAAAAUUUUUUUUCCAGAAAUAAUGGAAUAAUUUGGCACUUGGGAGACUAAUCCCAUAAGGAGUCAGAAUUAAAAAUAAGCAGUUUCACCAGUUGUCCUAUCAAGUUCUGUGCUUUUGCUUUCUGAUAUUUAAGUGCAACUUACUUUUUCCCCUUAAUAUAUUUUUUCUUCACUUAAUGUAAGAUGUUUAUACAUUAUUAGGUCUUUUCCUUCACUUCAGUAACAGAAGAGUACUUCUCCAGAUUUUGUUUGAGGUAUACAAAAUCACAUUUGUUUACACAAAUAUGUUCAUCUUGCAGUUACCUUGGUCACUCUGCUUCAAACUGUGUGACAUCCAUCACAGAAUUAAACAGAAAGCAGCAUAAUAAAGCAACAGGCUAUUGAAAUCAAUAGGUGCAGUACAUUCUUCUCUAUAUUUACUUUAUUUCUUUAUUAGGAGUAUUGUAGAUCUGUAAUGACAAUAACAUAAGUUUACUCUGGUUAGAAAUGAGUGGGGCUGUCUUGCGUUUAGGGUGUCACUGAACACAGUGAGACAAUUCCUACUCUCUCUCAAAUGCAUUUCAGUCUAUGCAAGUUUAAAAGCAUGGGGGAAACUCACCCAUGAGAAACUAUCAUGGAAUUUCAAGGUUUCAAUCUAGACUGGACACCUAAGCUCACGGGCCACCUGCUGCCCUACCAGUACUUCUACCAGCAAUCUUCUGGCAGCUCUCUGCUAAGCAUGCAGGAUCUGCAUAUCACAUUUCAAAAAGACAUCACCUUUCAGAUACAUUGCCUGCAAAUCCUUGACACAACCUUGGCAGUCAGGGUCACACAGGAUAAGCAAGGAAGUGCACAAGUCUCAUAUAACCAAAGCUUUCGUCACAACAGUUCCUGCCUUUCUUUCUUGUUUUUUUUUCAGGGUUGAGGUUUUUUUUUGUGGGGAGGAUGAGUUGAGUUGGGUGGGGUAUUUUAGUUAAAAAAGGUUGAUAUGUCAUAGUAUUAAUUUUAUUAGUACAUUUUUACUCUGUAUUGAGAUAGUGCCUUUGGCCCAUGAUAUCUUUUGUUCAAAUUAACCUUUGCAGCUCUAUAAAGUUAUCGUGCAAAAAAUAUGAAAACUUUUAUUAAGACUCUGGAUUUCUAUGCUCCUCGUUAAGUAGUCUUCCUUUCCCUUUCCUUAUUAUGUUGGUUUGAAGGUUUGAAGUGUCUCUAUACAUCCAAUAUAACUUCCUUGGUCACAGCAACUGACCUGGAUGUGUACCAAAGACCAUAAAAAUUUGAAGGCUGUUCUCUAUCUAGCAUUAAGAAAGCUAAAUAAAAAACUAAUGCUGUAGACAACUUUUUUACAAGAUUUAAGAUGCAAAUAAUGUAUUUCUAAAAUUAAUUUAUUUGAAUAUUUAAUCUUUGCUAUUUUUCUUCUGUUCCUAAAUUCCUGAGAGUUUCUGCAAUUUCUGUAUUUGCUUUGGAACUCUCACUGAAGAACUUCUGUCCUUAGAGUCAUGCACAGUUUUUCCCCCUGAGAGAAGGCAGCCAGAGACCAAACAUGUGGCAAACUUCUGCGGAGAAUUCCACAGAGGCAAAUACAAAAAUGCUUGUAGCAACAGAUGAAAUUGGAAAAGGAAAGAGAGGAAUCCAUGUUGAUUAAAGUAUGUUACCAUUUAGACAGAAUAAUAUUGGAAAAUCCUUUUUUGAUGUCUGGAUCUUCCUUACAAAUACUUGUAAGUUUUAGUAAAGCUGUGAGACAAAAAGGGGACUUCUGGCCAUAGCUGGGUCUUGCAGGUGAAUAGAUGCAGAAUGUCACAUUAAUCAAAUGGGAGCUCUGACAAACACUUCUAAACCUCAGCACUCUUCCAGCUCAUGCCUCGCUGGAUCUGCAUGGCUGGUGACUUUACCAAACUUCAGAGACCUGUUUUUAGCUUGGUUGCUACAAACAAAAAAAAAGUUGUUACAACUUUUGGUCUAAAAGUCUUUGCAAGAAAGUUGGUGCAAGAUUCCAAAAGAGUCAGGAUGAUCCCACUGUCUUCUUAUAGAAAAAUAAAAAAAAGAGAGAGAGAGAGAGAGAAAAAGUGAGAGAGAGAGCAAGGAAAGAUCCCAAAUCCUCUACAAAACUACUUAAAAAAACAACAAAACCCCAAACUCAAACCUAUCCACCUUUCUCCAAACAUAUCACUCAACAUGUUCCACAUAAUUCACAAAUACUGACAGAUAAGCAUUCCCUUGAGUGGAGAAGCCAUAAAAUUGGUUGCCCAACAGAAACUGUCUGUGGAUCCAGCUCUUGCAAGGGUGUUGCCACUGAAAUGGCUCUUCCACAAGCAUUGUAGUAAUAGAUCCUCUCUUUCUCCGGCUCUUAAGAUCCUAGAAGUUUUUAAAAAAUAUUUAGUUUUAAUUUUCUACUACAACAUUAGGGUUUUGUUUCUGAAAUUAGGUAACACUUUCAAGAAGAGAGGAGGGACUGAUUAAUUUUAUAACCCUGCAUGCCUCCCUGAUUCAAGAACACAGGUCAAAUAACUUUAUAUACUGUACACAGUGUGUAAGUGCUUUGGUGGAGAUUGGUAGCAAUCUCUACCAAAACUAGCUAGCUAGUUUGCUGUUGCAGUUAAUGGUAGAGUAACAAAAUCUGGUUCCCCUAUGACUGCAAAGAAUCCUAAGAUGGAUAUCUCCACAAGGCUCCUUCCAUACACAGGUAUUUGCUAAUUAAAUCUCCUGGCUGACCUGUGGUGAAGAUGUGCAUACUCACCUUUCAGAAGAAGUUGGUGGGUGCAGUUAUAGGAGUUAAAAAAAUAAAAUGUUUGCCUAUAUCUUCUAAUAUAUGCUUUAUGCAUUAACUGCAUGACUACUUAGAAAGUGCUGUCAGCUCCUUGGGAGCUGGAGUCCAAAGUAUCUGGAAUACAUCAGACCCUGACUACCUGAAAAUACAGCUGUUCAGGCCACAGCUACAUAGCCACAUAAAUACAGAAGCAAAUACAUUUAUUCAUGUACACAUAAAGAAGCAUACUUUUUCCUUUCAGCCCAGAUGAUUCUUUGAUUUCUUCACCAUAUAAUGUGAUAUUAGUUAUCCAUUCAAUUUUCAGUGUGUGUAUAUACACUGGUAUGGCAUGACACUUCAGCCCAUCCUGCCUAGAGAUCACAGAAUCACAGAAGACAUGAAGUCUAGGUAAUGAAAUCAAUAUAAAUUUUGCAGUUGUCUUUAGCAUGACAACAACAAUGACAAAGAUUUUCAUUUCUUCUUCCUUCAUCCCCACUCUACCAGAUACCUCAAAAUUGUGCUUUCAUAGGAGAAGAAAGCCCACACCACAGUAGUUCCCUCCUAGACACUUAUAUUAAAUAAACAUGUAUUUAAUAACUAUGUAUUCAGAUAUUUUAUUGCACACACAUAACUGAAAAAAAUGUACAGGUACUACUACUAAUUCUCAAAACUUUUUGCACAUCUUGGCAGUCAUGCCCAUAAUUUACUAUUUUGCUGAGUAAGUCCACAGUUCUUAGUCACUAAUUAUGUGUUACUCCAAGCCACAGGAUGUACAUUACAUUCAUACAUGCAGGAAAUAAAACCAAAA